AUGCCUCUCCUCGCUGGGCUACUAGCCCCAUCAGGCCAUCACCCGCGCACCGUCGGCAUGUCGCGCCGUGUGAGCGCCGUGCGCGACCGGUCUGGAGCACGCCAUCGCCGGCCGUGCCCGCUCGGGAAGCCUCGGCCUCAACAACGCGCUGAAGCUGUUCGACAAAUUGCUUCUCCACGCCAGGCCGCCUCGGUUAUUGCCUUCAACCAGAUCCUCACUGCUGUCUCACGUGCCUCAGGCCGGCUGGAAUCUUGCCUUGGAGGCUACGGAAAAGCCCCUUAA